AUGCUCAAGCGCGCCGUGGCAUCGCUCACCAAGGACUCGUCCUCGGGCGAGAAUGGCCACACCAAGGCGAUCAGCUCGCCUGCCACCGGCAACGGCACUGGCAGCGGUCACACCACGCCCAUCCAGCCCCCUUCGGCCAAGUCGACCGUCGACUCGAACAUGAGCGAGAGCACCGACAAGAAGUUCCGUCUCUCGCACAUCUUCUCCGGCCACUCGCUUCCCGGCCGUCGAUCCUCCUCGCGUGCCAGCAGCAUGGACGAGCCACGUCCCAGCGCCAUCAAAAAGGCGCAGCGCAUCGAGGAGAAGGAGCGCAAGGCCAUCGAGCAGGAAAAGAUCCGUGAAAAGAUCGCUUUUGCCCGUCGUCAGUCCGAUCUACGUGCUGCCAAGAUUGAGACCCCCGAACAGCGAGCGCGCUACGGGAGCCAGUACCCCUCCGAGUGGAACAAGGACCAUGAUCGCUGGGCCAGCAUCGCAUCCAUUGCCGACGAUGCCGAGACGGGAGAAACCGUCACGGUUCGGGCGCGAAUCCACACGAUCCGCGAUGUCAGCUCGCAUCUCGUCUUCAUCGUGCUGCGUCAGCAGAUCGCCACCAUUCAGGCAGUGCUUGCUGAGGAGUCCGACAUCAUCACCGGUCACAUGGUGCGUUGGGCAAAGCGACUUCCGCUCGAAUCCAUCGUCAUGGUCCGCGGUGUCCUCCAAAAGCCGCGCGAGCCCAUCACCGGUGCUACGACGCAGCACGCAGAGAUCAAGGUGCACGAGCUCUACCUCGUGGCUCCCACCAAAGAGGCUCUACCCUUCAACGUGUACGACGCCGACCUAGUCAUCAAGAAGAGCGACGACCACGACAGCCCCAGCAGCGCCGAUGCCAGCGGCAACAACACCGACACCGAGCACGACGGCCUGCCCCAGGAUGAGAACCACUCGGUCGAGAGGCACGAGGGUCCCGUCAUCACCCAGCGCGUCCGCCUCACCAACCGCAUCCUCGACCUGCGCACGCCCACCGCCCAGGCCAUCUUCCGCGUCAACGCAGCCAUCUGCAACGCCUUCCGCUCCCACCUCGACAAGAGCGACUUUAUCGAGAUCCACACGCCCAAGCUCCAGGGAGGCGCCUCAGAGUCCGGAUCGAGCGUCUUCAUGCUCGACUACUUUGGCCGUCCGGCGUUCCUGGCGCAGAGUCCGCAGCUGUACAAGCAGAUGUGCAUCGCCGCCGACUUUAGGCGCGUGUACGAGAUCGGACCUGUCUUCCGCGCCGAGAACUCCAACACGGCGCGCCACCUUACCGAAUACACUGGUCUCGACAUUGAGAUGGAGAUCGUGCACUACUACGACGCCAUCCGCGUCAUCGACGGCAUGCUCAAGAACAUUUUCACGGUGCUGCGCGACAACUUCAAGGCGGAGCGCGAGCUGAUCAAGCGCCACUUUCCGCACGAGGACCUUGUCUAUCCCGAAGACACGCUGAUCCUUCCCUUUGCCCAGGGCGUGCGUAUCCUCCGCGAGUCCGGUUUCGUCGAAGAGGACGGAAGCCUGCCCAAGGAGGACGAGGAUCUGAACACGCGCGCCGAGAUCCGGCUUGGCGAGCUGAUCAAGGAAAAGUACAAUACCGACUACUACAUUCUGGACAAGUUCCCCUCGUCCGUCCGCCCCUUCUACGCCAUGGAGGACAAGGAGAAUCCCAAGGUGACCAACUCGUUUGACAUCUUCAUCCGCGGCCAGGAGAUCUGCACGGGCGGCCAGCGCAUCCACGACAUUGACGAGCUCGAGGCCAAGAUGCACCGCCUCUCUAUCCCGGCCAAGGGCAUGGCCGAGUACCUCGAAGGCUUCCGGCUGGGUGCGCCUCCGCAUGCCGGAUGCGGUAUCGGCUUGGAGAGGCUGGUGAUGCUCUAUCUCAAUCUGGGCGAUGUGCGCAUGGGCACGCUCUUCCACCGCGACCCGCGCAGUCUGCCGCUGCAGAAGAACGUCGAGGACGAGCUGCGACACCCCGAGGCCAGCACCAACCCGCCGCCGUGGAAGCAUCCGCGCGUGGCGCUCAAGGCGGACGCCGAGAGCGAGCUGCGCGACAUGCAGCCGCUGGAGAAGCUCAUCGCCAACUACGGCGAUGCCUCCAACACGGCUUGGCUCGACGACCGAUACAAGACCUGGAGACAUCCGGACACGGGAGCUGCCGUCGGGUACUCGCCGUUCAAGGGGUACGCGAUGAUCAUCGGCGACCCGCUGUGCGACCGGACGCAGCUGACGCAGGUGGUGUCGGCGUUCCUGCACUUCAUCAAGAAGGAGGCCAAGCUCAAGCCCAUCUGGAUGAUGGUGAGCGAGGAUGUCGAGGAGAUCCUCGGCGGUCGGCUCAACUGGUGUACGCUCUCGUGUGCGGCCGAGGAGCGUGUGGAGGAUCCGGCGAAGAAUCCGGCGCGCCACGAUACCGAGAUCCAGAAGAAGGUGCGACACGCGCGCAAGGAGGGUGUGCGCAUCCAGGACUACACGCUCAAGGAAGACGUGCCGGAGGAGGUGGUGCGCGAGACGGACGAGCGCAUCGACGACUGGCGCAACAACCGCAAGGGCGAGCAGGUGCACAUGACGGACGUGCAUCCGUGGCGCGACAUGUCGCACCGCGUCUACUACAUUGCGCGCGAUGCGGGCGGCAAGGUGUGCGCCAUGGUGGUGCUGCACCAGCUCUCGCCGCAGCACGGAUGGCACAUCAAGUGGGCACUCGACUUCCCCGGUGCACCCAACGGCACCAUCGAGCAUGUCAUCCUCCACGCGCUCGAGAACAACGCUGGGUCCAAGAUGACCUUUGGUGCGUCGGCCACCUCGACGCUCGUCGCCAAGCACGGCCUGAGCAAGAUGACGGUCAAGGCGCUCACCAAGGCGUAUUCGUCGAUCGCCGAGCACAACCGUCUGACCAACAAGGGCGAGUUCCGCCAGAAGCUCGGGGCGGUCGAAGACAGAGUCUACAUUUGCUACCCGCGCCACGGCCUAUCGCCCGCAGGCAUCCAGGCGAUCGUCGGAUUCUUCAAGCAGUAG